AUGAUGGUGGUACUAAGCAGGGUGCUAUUGCUUGCUCUUGUGUUUUUGGUGGCCUCGGCCACAUUAGUCCAUGCCAAAGGCAAGACGCCUGCUCCAGAGGAGGAGGGGGACGAGGGGGACGAGCUGGUAGCUGAAAAGGGCGGGAAGAAGCACCUAGAAGUUGGCGAGGUGACAUAUGAUGCCAGGUCCCUCAUGAUCAAUGGAAAACGGAAGCUUUUCUUUUCGGGUUCUAUUCAUUAUCCGCGGAGCACGGUGGAAAUGUGGCCUGAUCUUCUCAAGAAGGCUAAACUGGGAGGUUUGAAUGUAAUCGAAACUUAUGUCUUUUGGAACCUUCAUGAGCCUGUGAAAGGCCAGUUCAAUUUCGAGGGCAAUGCCGAUGUGGUGAAGUUCAUUAGGCUGGUACAGGAGCACAAAAUGUAUGUCACCCUUAGGGUUGGCCCAUUCAUCCAAGCAGAAUGGAACCAUGGAGGGCUUCCAUAUUGGCUGAGGGAGGAACCCGACAUCAUAUUCCGUUCGGACAAUCCAUCAUACAAGCACCACAUGGAGACGUUCGUAACGAAAAUAAUUGCGAUGAUGAAACAUGAGAAGCUAUUUGCUCCACAGGGAGGUCCAAUCAUCUUAGCACAGAUUGAAAAUGAGUACACUCAUGUCCAACUUGCAUAUAAAGAAUUGGGAAACAGUUAUGUACAGUGGGCAGCAAAUAUGGCACUGUCGCAGAAUGCCGGCGUACCAUGGAUCAUGUGCAAGCAGAAGGAUGCUCCUGAUCCAGUGAUUAAUACUUGCAAUGGAAGGCACUGUGGAGAUACUUUUACAGGCCCUAAUAAGCCCCACAAGCCUACUCUAUGGACUGAGAAUUGGACUGCUCAGUACAGAGUAUUUGGUGACCCUCCUUCACAAAGAUCAGCAGAAGACAUUGCAUUUUCAGUUGCGCGUUUUUUCUCGAAGGACGGAACCCUAACCAACUACUAUAUGUACCAUGGUGGGACAAAUUUUGGAAGAACAAGUGCUAUUUUCACAACAACUCGCUACUAUGACGAAGCUCCUCUCGAUGAAUAUGGUUUGCAAAGGGAGCCUAAAUGGGGUCACCUCAAGGACUUGCACAGGGCUUUGAAUCUAUGCAAGAAGCCUUUGUUUGCAGGAACUCCUGGAGUGCAAAGGUUGGGGAAAGAAACCGAGGCUCGUUUCUAUGAGAGGCCUGGGACAGACAUAUGUGUUGCUUUCUUGGCAAACAACCACUCUACAAUUGAAACAACUGUGAAUUGGCGUGGCCGGGAAUAUUUCCUGCCACCACAUUCUAUUAGCAUCCUCCCUGAUUGCAAGACUGUGGUCUUCAACAGUCAACAGAUUGUAUCACAACAUAAUGCAAGGAACUUUGCUCGAUUGAAGGCUGCUAACAAAUUUAACUGGGAGAUGUUUUCAGAACCCAUUCCAACCACCGUGCAAAUCCCAGUCAACCACAAGAGUCCACAGGAACUGUACCACUUGCUAAAAGAUGCCACAGACUAUGGAUGGUUCACCAGUAGCCUUGAUCUGGGUCCAUAUGACUUGCCAAUGAAGGAAAGUAUCCGCCCAGUUUUACGAAUUCCAAGUCUUGGUCACGCAAUGAGUGUAUUCGUCAAUGGUGAAUAUGUUGGAACGGAACAUGGAAGCCAUGCGGAGAAGGGUUUUGUUUUUGAGAGACCUGUUACAUUCAAGCAAGGGGUCAACCACAUAUCACUGCUUUGCAUGACAGUGGGACUCCCAGAUAGUGGAGCCUACAUGGAGCACAGAUAUGCAGGACCCCGUGCCAUAACAGUCCUGGGAUUGAACACCGGGACAAUCGAUCUCUCACAAAAUGGCUGGGGCCAUAGGGUUGGCCUGAAUGGUGAAAAUCUCCGACUGUUCACUGAGGAGGGAGCACAAAAAGUCCAAUGGACUAAAGCAUCUGGGAAAGGAAGGGCUCUCACAUGGUACAAGACAAAUUUUGAGGCUCCUGAAGGGAAAGACCCCGUUGCUAUCCGGAUGGCUGGUAUGGGCAAAGGGAUGAUUUGGGUGAAUGGUAAAAGCAUAGGCCGGCACUGGAUGUCCUUCCUCUCUCCUCUUGGACAGCCUACCCAAUCCGAGUACCACAUCCCAAGAGCCUUCAUUAAGCCAGGUCAAAAUUUCCUUGUUGUAUUGGAGGAGCAGGAGGCUGACCCCAAAGAUAUUGAGAUCCUGACCGUCAACAGAGACAUCAUCUGUGCCAUAAGCACAGAGAUGCAUCCUCCACACGUGAAGUCAUGGGAGAGAAAGGGCGGCGAGCUCAAAACCGUUGGACCUGUCUCCGGACCCAGUGCUCAGCUCAUGUGUCCAAACUUGAAAAAGAUUGUUGGUGUGGACUUCGCAAGCUUUGGCACUCCUGAGGGCAUGUGUGGAGCCUACAAACCUGGCAAAUGCGACUCUCCGGCAACCAGGAAGGUUGUUGAAGAGCAUUGCUUGGGACAGACUUUAUGUACAGUCCCUGUGGAGCCCAAGCUUUUCUUCAAAGCUGAUCCUUGCCCAGAUAUCAAGAUCAAGACACUUGCUAUCCAAGUAACUUGUGCCUUUUAA